AAGCUUCGAAUGGAGGUGGGAAACUUUUUGUCAUGGAACAUCCGGAUCUUAAAGUCCGAGUAGUUCAUGGAAACACAUUGACUGCUGCUGUUAUUUUGAACGAAAUUCCUCAAGAUGUUAAGGAAGUGUUCUUAACCGCCUCUACUUCUAAGCUUGGAAGGGCCAUUGCAAUUUACUUAGCUCGUCGUAAAGUUAGAGUCUUGAUGCUUACUCAAUCAACUGAAAGAUUUAUAAGCAUUAAGAAUGAAAUUCCAUUAGCUAAUCAAAACCAUUUGAUUCAAGUGACAAAUUAUCAAGCAGCUAAACAGUGCAAGACUUGGAUUAUCGGAAAAUGGAUCACUCCAAGUGAGCAAAAUUGGGCACCACCAGGAACACAUUUCCAUCAGUUUGUGGUUCCACCUAUAAGUGAAUUCCGAAGAGAUUGCAAGUAUAGUAAGCUUGCAGCUAUGAAGCUUCCUGAUGGUGUUCAAGGACUAGGCAUCUGCGAGUACACAUUAGAAAGAGGUGUGGUUCAUGCUUGUCAUGCGGGUGGGAUUGUUCAUCUUCUUGAAGGUUGGGAACACAAUGAAGUUGGUGAGAUUGACGUAGACCAUAUUGAUUUGGCUUGGGAAGCUGCUUUAAAACAUGGUUUUAAGCCAGUAUGAAAGUCAUGUUAUAAAACCAUCGUUGUCUUGUUAUGAGUUAAGAAUAAGUGAUUCAAACCCCCAAAAAAUAUUCAUAUUUGAUUGUAUGCUUAUUGUCAAUGUGGCCCAACCAAUUUACGUAUUUUGGUUUAAUAAGUCCCUCAUGUUUUUUCUACAUUCUAAGGAUACAAAUUAUGUUUUUAUGGUU